GUCAAUCUUGAAUCGGAGCUUAUGGGUGUACCGUGAUCGCGUAGAACCGAAGUGAGUGUCGUACACGGGGUGAGAGAGAGAGCAAGCGAGAGAGAAAGAGAGCGAAAGAGAAAAAACCGCACUUAAUAUACACCAUGCACUGGAUAAAGUAUAUCUUGGUAGCCUUUGUGCUCCUGCAGGCGCUGACGGAGGCACAUCGCAGAAAAGCCACGGGAAAACCCGCCCGCAAAAAAAAUCAAGUCGAAAGGAGACCUCAGUCAGAUGGUCCCUCAGAGCACAUGGAGGAAACUGACGGAGAUAUUCCUCCUCCACCUCACAGGGCAAGUGGAGGCAGUGGUGGGGAUGAGAGUGGUGGGGAUGGGGGUGGGGGAGGCGGAGGAGGGGGAGGCGGGGGAAGAGAGGAGGAUGGAGGAGGAGAGCGUGUUCGGCAUGGCCAUCACGGCCACCGAAGGCUGGACGAGCAAUGCCUCACUUGUUUCAAUAAUAUUUUGCAAAUCCGGAGACAAAGGCGGAUCGAAGAGAUCAAAGACCGAGUGCUAACGGCCACGGGGCUCUUAACUCCACCCGAUAUGACAGGGGUUGUGAUAUCGCAAAAUCCAAACAUUCAAAACAUUAUACAUGAAAUGGAAAACAGUGCGCCUCAUCAUUCCUUUACACAAGAGCCCCCAUAUAAUGACGAUGAACCGGCCAUCAAGAGAGAAAAGAUCUUCUCUCCAGUUGAACCAGGUAACAUCUACGCUUCACGCUCAGCGCCAGCGGGGCUCAGAAUUCCAGCGGACAUGAAUGCACUCUAUUUCAAACUUGAUCACGGGACACUCCUGACAAGAGUCAAAAGAGCCAUCCUACACGUUUGGCUCAAACCCAUGCGGUCAGAACUCGACAGACAAGUUCCUAUCACAGUUUACAAAAUAUACCGCAUUAAUAACACAGACCUACUAGAUAAAACGGAAGUAACGACAUUACGGAAAGAAUUUGAUGCUUUAGAAGGGAACUGGGUGAAGAUUCCUGUCUACAAACUCUUGCAGGAGUGGCUCAGCAAACCCGAAGAAAACCUCGGUUUGGUAGUGGAAGCUCUAGAUUCGCAGGGCCGUCAAGUGGCAGUGACUGAUCCUGCGGAAUCUCCAUCUAAUGCGCCUCUGCUAGAGAUCCACACGGAAGAAAGUCGCCGAGGGCGUAACCGCCGAAACAGUGGCAACGUCUUCUGCACCAACAACGACACAGAUAGAUGCUGUCGUUACCCCCUCUCGGUCAACUUCGUCGAGAUGGGCUGGGACUUCAUAGUAGCACCCAAGGUCUACGAUGCGAACUUCUGCAACGGCGAGUGUCCUUACUUGUACGCUCAAAAAUAUGCCCACAGCGCUCUCAUUCAGAAGAUGAACAGCAGCAGCGCCAAACACGGUCCCUGUUGCGGUGCGAGGAAACUCUCCCCGAUGAAGAUGCUCUACUACGACCAUGACCAUAAGAUUAAGUUUGAUACCAUCCAAGACAUGGUCGUGGAUCGUUGUGGGUGCUCUUAAAAAUAUAGGAUAUCUGGUCGUACUUAAUGAUUUACAAAGUCCACAUGCAAAACCAAAAUUACACGCUCGCCAAACGACAGGUACAGCGCCUCAUGUUGCAUCAAACGAUGUUGACAUUCAUUCUAGAAUUUGACUGGAAACGAAACAUGGAUUGGAUCAAGGAGAUGGAAUAUACUCUGCUAAUAAACUCAGAAGAAAAAAUUUAAUGGCAUACAAUCUCACUGUUAAGAAGAAGAAGAAGAAGAAGAAACGCUUAUCGAAGCGUACUACGCAAGCAUUGGGUUGAGCUAGAGAAAUCCGAGAGUUAACUACUGUAAUUUAAUGUACCAUAAGGAAAUCUGUGCACGCAGUCUUAAAACUAACUUUCGAAACUCGCAAUCAACUCUUGAGUGGAUGGAGCUCAAUUUAAAAUAACAAAGCCAUUUUUUUUAAAACUAACAGUGCGUAUACACGUAACUUAUAUCAGAAACACCAGUGAACGUAUGCACAUAAAGUGUACGGGAAUGGAUGUGAUCAAGUGCAUCUAUCAACACUAAGACUUGCAAAUACAAAGAACAUGUAAAUCCAUCAAUCAUGUAAAUAGCAAAUCAUGACAUAACAUCUGGACUCAGUACUUUAUUAUUAGAAGACACUACUAUGCCACAUUAUAUUUUACAGACUUGUUAUUUCAGCUUGAAACUAUACAACUGAAAAUAUUCCAAUGAAAGAACCAAAAUCAACUUCCAGGUAGAUCCUAAGGCUUAUAGUACAUGUGUUAGGCAAAACGUAACGAUAUAUAUCAUCCUUCGUAAGUGCAUUUAUAGGCGUACGUAUGUGUAAAGAUUAUCAAAUAUAACCGCCUUCCAACCUAUACAACUUCGUUAAAUCUGCUGGAAAGAAAAUGAAAAGUCAAAAGAAAAUUCCAUUCAGUGUAAACCAUUAAAAGCACGUUCAGCUUCCCGUAAAUUUCCAAAUUACUCUUAAUUAACGAUUUUAGUUACCGAGGCAUUAAUGCUAAAAAAUAAAAUAAAAAAUAAAAAAUAAAUAAAUAAAAAAAACAAUGACCAUUUAUUAAAAGUUCUUCUACCGAUCACGUGAAUUCUAAGUCGUAAACUUGAUGGUAUCGGUGAUGCUACGCAAAAGUACUGACAUAUGUAGGGUGAACAAGCGAAAAUCAACUAAGUUAGUGGAAUAAAAUACCACAAAACUCGACUUACCGCGUAAUUCUGCAGCUAAUUGAGAUCAAUAGGUCCACAACAGAACAUGUAAGUUGUAUAAAUAAAAAUAAAUCAAGCCAGAUUCGAUAAUAAAUAUUUCGGACCUCUGUAGUUCAUCCAUGACUUCCUACAUAUGCCGUAAAUGCUUGACUCAAGGUUUAAAAAUUUAAUUAAAAAAAAAAAAAAAAAAAAAAAAACAGAAA